AUGACUUUAUCCAAUUUUCCUGAUUUAGAGCUGAAUUAUAAUGAUUUGAAAUUAAAAAUAUCCAAUUUUAAUAGCAUUUUUGAUCGAUUCCUGCAAGAUGAGCGUAAACAGCUUUUAAAUAAUAAGAAUGAGUAUCUUAAGGAACUUUCGACCGUUUAUGAAAACCAAAAGAACAGUGAAAAAACGUUAGACCAUUUACGAGCUCGCGAACAAAGCUUUAAUGAAUUGCUUGAGAAAGAACGGGUUGAAAGAGAGGCUACUGAACAAGAAAUACAAACAAUUCAGGGAAAGGCAGAAGCUAUGCAAAAGCGUAAACAGACCAUUCUUGAUGAAAUAGAGCGUUGUCGAGUUGUGCUUACUACAAAACGGCACACAAAAGAAGAAUUGGAUUCAUUGAAGAGAAAACAAGAGCAAUUAAACAUGCCAGAGCUUCAAUUCUGGCAAGAUUAUCUAGGAUUGCGAAUGGAAGGUGUUCAUGAAGAAGUAAUUCGCUUUGUAUUUACUAACAUAGACGAGAAAAAUUGGGACAAGCCAUUCUCCUUUCAAAUUAACCUAAGCCAUAUAGAUUACGAAGUAACUCACUGUCGUCCUCCACUUCUUAUCUUGGAUGAUUUGGUCAAGAAACUAAAUCAGUCAAGAGACUUUUAUCAGUUUUUGAGAGAUAUAAGGAAAGGAUUUAUAGAUUAUCACAAGGGCCGUGAAAGUUGA